AAAUUUUCUAUUUUGCAUUUGCAGUACACAUACUUUGAUUGGAUAUCAGGCCUUGAAUUGAAGUAUCAGAGAUUUUUUUUCACUCUGAUUGAAUUUUUCUUCUCUGAUUGUAGAGCAAAAAUAAUAUGCAGAGCAGACAUUUUUGACAGGGCUAUAUGCAUUUGCCUUUAAUUUAUGGCUGUCUAAGCUUUCUGACCGUAACAGCUGCGCCUCACGUGUUUAGCUCUCACCUGAAACACAUGUGCUCAGAGUACUGAGUACAACCAUUUGGGUAAGUAUUCUGCAUCCUCCAAACAGGAAGAAUACCCAGGACGGAAAGGACAAUGUCAUAAACAACAACUGAAUGACAAUCAUGAGUUUGUUUUAUGUGGUGUUCAAGCCUAAAUUUUCAUGUUAGACUUGGAUCUGUAAGAUAAAGUUCUUGCUGCAGAGCUUCUUUCAGUAUGUCUACUAAUACGCCUAAAGCUACGAUUUUCAAUAAGUACGGCCAAAAAGCAUGUUACAAAACAGAGAUUGUUCCAGCUGAGCCUGCAGAGGAUACCCCAAGACUUCUUGUCUCCCAAACCAGACAGAAUAAAUAUAUUUGCCGUUUGGAGCUUCCAGAUUUUUCAGUGACUUCAGGUCCUUUCAUAAAAAAAAAAGAUGCCGAGCAAGAUGCUGCUAAGUUGGCCCUAGACAAGCUAGGAUUACAACUGGCAACUGUGAAGAAACCUCAUACCGAAGAGGAAAAAUGGCAAGCUUUAAAGGAUCGCCUUUGUAGCACAUUUUCUGAGCAGCUCAUUCAGUCACACUGUCCUUUGAUUGCUCACUUCAAAGCAGCUGUACAAAGGCAAGGCAAGAUGUAUGGCUUGGUUCCAGCUGCGGUUCUUUCUGCUUUUGAUAAUAGGAUAGUUAAUUUAUGCAAAUCAAUUGACAGCAAGGCAGAAACAGAUCCUGCAUUGAGUUUGGCAAUAGUUUUAAAGGCUGUCAAAUCAUGCAAUCACCUAGACUCUCAUCUAGAUCACCUUUGGUUAGGUAAAGAAGAAUUUUUUCCACUUGAAAUUAAGGAAAAGUUGGUAAACUGGACACCAGAGUCCUCAGGAAAAACAGGUGGCACUAUCGAAUAUAGAGAGAGAACAGAAAGCUUGUUUUUGGAAACCGUUUUUAUACCCUGCUCCUCUGAAAUGCCAGUUGAAUCAUUGACUUUGAAGAUUGAGCCACAAGAAUAUUUUGUUGAUGUGAUAGCACAACAUCUAAGGGUGAGAGAUUCUUCUCAUAUUUUAAUAUCAAGGAUACUUAAGAAGGCUCCGUUAGAAUCAAGAUUGUACUUUCCUGUUCCAGAUUCUAUACCUGCAGUUACAGAUCUCAAUGGAAUUUCUUCUAUUAGUGAUAUCCGUGUUGAAGCUCCACUCAGGCAGUCAAAAUUUAAUACAAGGGCAUCUAGCUUGGUAAGCCAAAAAAUACAUGGGGAUGCAAUUCUGGCAGCAGUUGGAUCCACUUGGAGGUCAUUUGGAACUCUAUCAUGGGAAAAUAUCAACCUUAGCAACUACUGCAGGAUCUUGCUCAGUCGAACUCCUCGAGGCAAUUACAAGCUCUCAAGAGAUUCUGUUUUGGUGGCAGAGUUGCCAACUACUUUUACAACACGUUCACGUUGGCAUGGUGCUCUACCCCGAGGUCUUCUAAUAGAGUGCUGUAACCAUUACUGCUUAUCUGAACCAGAAUUCUUUCUUUCUGUGGAUGACACACCAUUGGCGGAUUCCAAAGAGAAAGUUCAGAAUUCAGAACAUACAAAGCAAAGUGAAUUCUGGGAUUCAAAUAGCAUAGAGAAGAAGGCUGAGAUGGUGAAGGGGACUAAAUGUGAAAAGAAUGGAACUAUAAACGAGACCCAGAAUGUGGAAUCAGAUAAGGAUCUUAUGGGUAGAGGUCGAUUCAUAUGUGUUGUGAAAAUAUCAUCCAAGACAGGGGAGUUGAUAAUUGAGUGUGCUUCUGAGCAAUUUUAUAGAAACCGGACUGAUGCAAUCCAAAGUGCUGCCUUAAAAGCUCUGAAUCACAAGUAUUUUAGUGCUGCUAAUGUUUUGGCUGCGACCUUGAAAAAUGAUGAUUUUACUCGAGAGAUAAGUGAUCAUGUCUUUGCAGGAGGCCUAAACAAGAAACCUGCUUCACGUGAUUUGCCCAUUGUUGCCUCGUGCAUAUCUGAUAAUGUAUUAAGUACCCAUGAAGGUUCCUCUGAGAAUUCUAAAACUUCUUUCUCCACCCAUAGUAAGUUUCUUCAGAAGGAUGAAAUGGAUUUUGAUUAUUAUAAUGAGAUGACACAUCUCAAGACAGGUUGUCCCAGCUCUGGCAAACCACCUACUAGUGGCACUACAGCAUGCAUUUCUUACAGGGUCGACUUAUUAAAUGAAUCUGCAAGGGAGUGCUUGGAAUGCAGAGAAGAGUUUGAUUUCGAAAUUGGGACAGGCGCUGUAAUUUCACGGUUAGAGGAAUGUGUAGCUUCCAUAUCUGUUAAUGAAUCUAAAUGCUUUUGCAUGCCUUUGCCUUCAAAGGAUGAGAUAUUGGCUGCUGCUGGUGAUAUUGCUGGGAAGAUUUCCCAUUUAGGUGCAUCUCACUUGGAGUACAAUGUUGAGCUUUUGAGGCUGAUUGAACCCAUGGAAGAGAGGAUGGAGCAGGCUUUGUUUAGUCCACCUUUAUCAAAACAGAGAAUGGAGUAUGCACUGCGCCUUCUGUCAGAUAAUGAUGCAAAGUGCUUGGUCGAUUUAGGUUGUGGAUCAGGGAGUUUAUUUGAUGCUCUUUUAGAUCAAAAAACUGAUUUAGUACACAUUGUUGGUGUGGACAUUUCCGAGAAAAGCCUUUGCCGUGCCGCUAAGGUCCUUAAUUCAAAACUGGGCAUGAAUCAUAACUCAUCUACUGCAAGUUUCCAGAGUGCAUCAGUAUACUAUGGCUCGAUUACUGAGCCUGAUCAGCGGAUUUGUGGUUUUGAUGUGGCAACUUGCAUAGAGGUGAUUGAGCAUAUGGAGGAAGAUCAGGCAUUCAAAUUUGGAGAAUGUGCUCUUGGUUCAUUGUGUCCUCGCAUAUUAAUGGUCUCAACACCCAAUGUGGAAUACAAUCCCAUACUCCAAAGAAAUGUUUCAGAUGUAAAAAAUGAUGGGGAAGGAGAAGAGUCUAUGUUAGAUGCUGAAGGUAAAGGUGACCUUCCUUGCAGGUUUCGGAAUGAUGAUCAUAAGUUUGAAUGGACAAGAAAACAGUUUAGUGACUGGGCAUUAAAUUUAGCUUCACAACAUGGCUAUAGUGUUGAAUUUAGUGGUGUCGGUGGUUCUGGUGAGAUAGAACCUGGAUUUGCCUCUCAGAUUGCUGUCUUCAAAAGACUCCCUGCUUAUGAAGCAAUACAUGUUAACAAUUAUAGAAGCUGUAAUGAGGGCUAUAAUGAAUCAAACAUUAGUGGUCCUUAUAAAGAAGUCUGGAAAUGGAGAGCAGGCUAAGGAUUUUGUAAAAUCGGGUCCUUUUGGUUUCUUUUGAGAUUAUUUGUCUCAGAAAUUUUGUUUCUGUUUUUCAUCAUUUACUAAUUUGAAGUAAUAUGGUAUGCUCUGUCCUAUAGAAUGGAAACUAUAUACUAGUCACAUACUGAGAAAGAAAAAAUAAGCUUGAAGCUACCACAGCCAAGCAAUUCUGAAACGGGAGAGAAUACAUCAUCUGAAUUUAACACCACAAAAUUUUGAAUAACCGUGUCAUUGUUGGAGAUGCCAAAGCGUGAUUGUUGGAAGCAGCCGCAGCAUGUCCAUUCACAUUAUAUCAUAGAUAGCAACAGUGUUUACUGUGACAUACUUUUAGCCAGAUGAACAGAAAAUGGCUUUUUUUUUCCAGUGGAAGGAUUAUAGAAUCAAACGAUUGGCUAGCUGUGCUGUGAUAUAGUAUAUUGAAUUACUAUAUUGAAUUAUAAUUAUUAGUUUUUAAUUUUAACUUCAAAGCACUUUGGGUGCUUAGCAAUGUUUAAUGCUGUAAUUAUGAUGGACAUCUGUCCAUUGAUUUUGAGUUAUCUAUGAUAUAUCACAUUGAAAUGAAGAAGUACCAUCGUGUGAAAUAAGUCAAAAUUUAAUUCAA